CCUCCUUUCUUCAGUAAGCAGCAGCUCCAGGCCCUGAACUUUGGUGGAAUAGGGAUGGUUAUUGGACAUGAGAUCACCCACGGGUUUGAUGACAAUGGUGAGGCAGUCCUCAUAUUUACAGUCACUGUCUAUGUCUGUGUCCAAUGUGUUGCACAAUCAUGUUUAGUAUAGAGUAUUAAUUCAUGGGAAAAUGAGAUUGCGUCAAAAUUAAUUCCACAUUUUAUCUUUCAAAACAGGCCGUAAUUUUGACAAGGAUGGUAACAUGCUUAACUGGUGGAGUAAUUAUUCUGCUGAGCACUUUAAGGAACAGUCGCAGUGCAUGGUGCAACAAUAUGGCAACUUCAACUGGAAGCUUGCAGGCGGACAAAAUGUGAGUUUCCCAAUGUAGCAGAAGCUUGGGCAAAAUAAAAACAUUAUUUGGGUAUGAUGACUAAAACCUCAUUUUAGUUUCACUAUAAACGAUUAUAGAAGAUGAUAGAUUUUUUUGAAAGAACCUCGAUUGAGUGUUUACCAUUUAGCUGUGAGUGUGUUAAAUACGUCCUGCAGUGAAUUUGGAUAUUUUUCGAUUGAAAAACAAUAUCCCAAGUAUAAGAACACUAAUGUACACACAGUUAAGAGUAAAAAAAAAUUGCCAUGUCAUAAAUCAGGUGUUAAAUGAGGUGAAAAGGAGACUGGAGUAGGACUUUAAUGACUGUCUCUGUGUGACCCCAGGUCAGUGGAAUUAGUACUUUGGGGGAAAACAUUGCAGACAACGGAGGAGUUCGGCAAGCUUACAAGGUGUGACACCAAAUCAUGGCACCCUGACAAAACGCGUUCAAUCCCCAUAAAACACAAUGAACCACUUCAUAACAAAAACAUUUCUCUGACUAAAUACUAUCUAGUUAUAUUUUAUAUUUGUAUGUUUUUUGUGUGUUUGUGGUCAGGCCUACAUGAAGUGGGUGGAGAGAGAAGGAGAAGAGCUUCGUUUACCUGGUCUGGACAUGGACCACAAACAACUAUUUUUUCUUAACUUUGCCCAAGUGAGUAAGCUCCCCUUUAAUAAAUUGAGUAGUCUAAAGCAGGGUUCCCCUAGCACUACACAGCCGAUUCAAAUAAUCUAAGCAUGAUGUUGAGAUGGUUAUUUGAAUCAGCUGUGUAGUGCUAGGGCAAAAACCAAAACGUGCACCCGAGGUUGGGAAACCCUGGUCUAAAGUAGGCCACUGUUUCUCAACUUUUAUUGUACCAGGGACCUAAAAGCUAUAUUAGUGUCCUUCCUCCACAGACCACUAAGAAACACUGGUCUGGAGACCACUGAGAACAAACACCCCAAAGAGACUCCCGAGUGGCGCAGUGGUCUAAGGCACUGCAUCGCAGUGCUAGCUGUGCCACUAGAGAUCCUGGUUUGAAUCCAGGCUCUGUCGUAGCCGGCUGCGACCGGGAGACCCAUGGGGCGGCGCGCAAUUCGUCCAGGGUAGAGGAGGGAAUGGCCGGCAGGGAUGUAGCUCAGUUGGUAGAGCAUGGCGUUUGCAACGCCAGGGUUGUGGGUUCGAUUCCCAUGGGGGGCCAGUAUAAAAAAUAAAAUAAAAAAUGUGUGCACUCACUAACUGUAAGUUGCUCUGGAUAAGAGUGUCUGCUAAAAUGUAAAUUAUAUUUUCCUAAAUACUUUGGUUUUCAAUAAAUAAACAAUUGGACCAAGGGGUUAAAAACGACACCAGAUCAUUACUUUAUAUCAAGCGACCUACCUAGGGGUACAGAAUAUCUUUUGCCAAAUUAAAGACCAUUGCGGAGCCGGGGAAAACAAGGCAAGAGCAAAGCCAGACUAGUGUUUUACAGUCUUUAUCCAAAACCAGGUCAAAAGCCAAUGUUUGCAUAACAGCAAAACAAUUAUUCAGUUGGGCUGUCGAACAGCACUUUGGAAAAAAUACUUAUCUCUGGCAUAUCAAUUUCAUCAUCAUUUUAUGGUUUACCUUUACUGUAUAUUCAGCCAAAAAAUAACAGCACUGGUAAAAUACGAACACAUGUAGUUGAGAAAAGAAAUGUGCUAUGUGCUUUUACUGUAUCAAACAUGAAUUAUUUAAUUAGUGAUACAUCUUUCUCCUCCAGGUAUGGUGUGGUGCCUAUCGGCCUGAAUAUGCCAGCCAGUGCAUCAAGACUGACUCCCACAGUCCCCUGGAAUACAGGUAACGACCAACAGUAAAAAUGUAGCGUUUGGCUAUUCCAACAUACAGUAUUUUCUGUCAAUCUGUUAACACUCUUUACAUAUCUUCUCUCACAGGGUACUUGGCUCCCUACAGAAUUUUGGAGCAUUCUCAGAGGCAUUCCAGUGCAAACCAGGUACACCCAUGAACCCUGAGAUGAAAUGUCGGGUGUGGUAGCCAGUUUCGGCUUUUCUCUACUCUUGUUAUUUAUUUCUUGACUGGGGCAGCUGAACAAAAAAACAUGCUUAAUAACCACCUUGUGUUAUACUGACGCCAAAGAGGCAUCCUGCCUUGGAGUAUGUCUGAUAGAUUUACAUGGCAGAAGAUAACAUUUACACAAGUGUUAUGGACUGGAUAACUGACCAAACUACACCCUAGUAUCACCACUUGAAGCAGACGUAAACUAUGAUGAGACAGGAAAAACACUUGCAAAGAGUAUGUACUUAUAUGGCUACUCAACCUAAAGAUGUUGUCUGUGGGUGAACAGUUUUGCUUGUUCUUGUUUACGAGUGGUUUUGUUGUAUACAUGCAUACAUCUGAAGCUCCUAUGGACCAAUGUGGGUGGUCAGUGGAUACAUGUAUAGUUGGCAAAUGUAGGACAUUCCUAAAACCUUGUAGAAUACGUUUGAGCCAAUCUGGCUUUAAAUGCUUUAACUGACUUUUUAAAGAAUUUCCUAAAUAACUCUGUUCUUUUUGCCAAGUCAUUCAGAUGGCAAAUCCACAGCGCUUUUAAGCCUACAUAUUUAGUGGCUUUCAUCUAUGUGCACCAAGUAUCUUUUGGCACUGAGUUGCCUUGUACUAUCCUGUCCAAUAUGGAACAUUUGUUUUUUAAGACAUUUUGCCACGGGGCAAGAUGCAAAAAUGAAUAACAAGUCUGACAUUGCAGUGUGACUAUGAAAUGAAUAAAGGCUCUGUGAGAAAAUGAAGAGCAGCGGUGAACUAGAGCAUAAUUAGUCUCAGUCCCAGGCCAAGGCUUGGCUACGUCACUCUUUUAAAUGAAACAAUUUACCCGAAGACGUCAGACUGUUAAACCUUUGCAGCUUUACCUUAUAUGAACAUUUUGAAAAUCUAAAAAAGGAUGGCUUAAAAUGUUUUUGCUAUAGCAUAUAUAAAUGUGAGAUCUACAAAGAUAUAUGCUUGGAAAUAAGCUUAAAUACUUGCUAGGCUAGCCCUGUUUUGUUUGAGAUUCAUUUAUAGUGAUGAUGAUCUGCCACGGAGUGAUCAGUAUCUUAUUUAUGAUAGAUACUCAAUACUCGAUCCCAACUGAAACUGAAAGUGAUUUGACUUACUGUAUGUGUUGUGUUACAGUAUGUUUCAGAGACAAACAUUUGAUUAACAGUGCUCCUUUAUCUCGGGCUUUGUCCACACAGCACCAGUCAGCAUUUGUGACUAGGAUAUGAUCAGAAAGAAACAUUUAUAGGAGUGCUUUUCAAAAAUGUGCACAGAGAAGUCUUUAAGUUUAUACAAUGCUUUGUGUUUACUGCAUAAAAUAAAAAACAGAACAGAAAACUGUUCCCAGAAUCCCGUAAUACAGUCAUGGGUUUGGACUAGCUAGUGAUUUGUGUUAGCACCUACCUAUAGUCCUGGCAUCGCCAGCUGAAAGUAACAGAUACUUAAUAUAAUGAGGAAUGUGCAGCCAUGCCUCAGCUACACAUGGGGCCCUAAACAGAGCUGUGUUUUAUGAAUCCUGUCCCUUUCCUCCAUUUAUCCUUCCUCCGUUUAAAAAAAAAUAUAGAGACAAAUACACAUCUUACUUUUGGAUCCGGAUACCCCUUUCCAUAUUGUGUGUGCAAGAAAUAGAGAAAUUAAAUAAAAUAUUGUAUUCCCCCCCCCCCCCCCCCCAAAAAAAAAGGGAUACUAGGUGUAGCAGAGCCUUUUAUGGCUCAUAUUUUUUAUGUUCUGGUUUGGAUGUCUAAAAUGCCAACAUUUCAGAGAUUACUACGAGGUGUUCCACAACAGUUUCCAGGACAGGCAGCACAUGUUCACAAUUUGUCCAAAUGCUAUUUUUUAUUUUAUUUUUUUGUUCCUAAAUCCUUACCCGUUGUUGUGUAUCUUGCCAUGAUUGAACACAUGCUCUUCUGAGAAAAAAUCUAAAAGCUAGAACUUGAUUAUGGUAUGCGACCUUUGGGGCAUAACCCUAUAGUCAUUGGCAUAACCACAUAGAGGUGGAAUGUAGGUGUGAAUAGAGAAGCAGGUGAAGUCCAGGUGAAGGGGUACGUCUUGACCUCUGCCAUUGAUUAGUGGCCCAGAGAAAGACUGUGUGCUGGUGGUGCGUGUGUGAGGACUGUGAGGAUGGUUGGGAGCCUGGUAACUAACUGCUAUAGGGGCCUCUUGGACAGACUGACAGACAGACACUCUGGGGAAAUGGCUUCUCAUUAGAGAGAAAUGCCGGUCAAGGCCAGGACAGUUAUUUUCUACCUUGAUUAACAAGCAGAACUAAAGGGCAGAACAGGAGAGAGCAACUUAGAACCUGACAAAAUGAUCAAACAGAUUGCCAUGGUGGCGGAACAAAGAGGGUUUUGAAGCACUACUGGGGAAAGCAAACACAGUCAUUGAGAAAAUUCAGGAUGCCUUUGUCAAUUGAACAUGACUGUUAUGUCUCAUCAGAGACUGUUUUAUUGAAUGUUCAUGAUAUAUGUAUCUUGCCUUUGAAGCUUUAUUUAUUCACUCUGCCUGUUUACUUCUCGUAAUGGCUUGGAUGUUGUACAGUGCAGUGGAUUCCGAUAGCUUUGUUACUGGUGACUGUUUCACUUGGGAUGUGAGUGGUGAAGUAGUUUGUUGCCAAUCAAAGAGACUAUCCAUAGUUGACAAGGAAUUAAAAUAACCAACAGUGACAAUAUAAAGCUAUAAGCAAUUUGGGUAACAUCUCAUCAAAUGGCACCCUAUUCCCUAUAUAGUGCACUACUUUGGGAUGUACCCUUGUAUUUGUUGUUUGGUUGUCCUCUGGAAAAAGUUAAAAGAGAGUAACUUUCAUUUAAACGAUCUACUGUUAUAAUGGUUUCAUCAUGCACAUAAGAUUUAAACAAUAACAUUUGCACAAAAUCAGUUUGAGAAUUGUACAUACUUCAUACACAUUUUGACACACACACACACACACACACACACACACACACACACACACACACACACACACAAUAGCCUCUUCAACCUGCGAUAAUAGAUGGACAUUCCCCCACCAGUAAUCCUUAGACCAUUAGAAUCAAAUAAAUACCCAAACUACAGCUAUCUGAAUUGGAUUUUCACUUUUCUUGCAUAACUAGCUUGUGAUAUAUCUAUAAACCAAAAUGGAACACAAAUAAAAUAUAUUUCCGAAGCAACAAUAGGAUAUCUUGUCAGUGCUGUGUGCUUCUCCAUAUUCACAGGUGAAAGCUCAUGCUGCUAUAUAA